GGAAAAUGGCGGCGGCCUGGAGAGCCGCUUGGGCGGUUGUUGUCCGAGGUUAUGGGAAACGCGGGGUGUCCGUGCUCGGCACCCCCCGGAGCCAGAGGCAUGGGGUGGGCCGGUGGCUGGCAGCUGCCGCUCUGGUCGGAGGUGGCGCCUUGGCGGGCUCCUACAGAAAAUGGACCCGGCAGGAGAGGAGCGGAGGCUUCUUGACAGUCCUGGCUCAGAAAGAAGGUGAUGUAGAUGAAGAGAUGGCAGAAAAGCUUUCCAUACGAAAGAAACGUUUUAUGCAGUUUGCUUCCUUGGAAUAUGAAGGAGACUAUUACAUGACUCCAAGGGACUUCCUGUUUUCAGUUAUGUUUGACAAAUCAGGACGUAAAACUUUGGCCAAGAAACUGACAAAAAAGGAAUUAGAUUCAGCACUAGCAAAUGUUGCAAAGGCUAAACCAGGGCCAACGUUUUUUAGAGACCUCGGAGAUAAAGGAUUGAUCUCCUACACAGAGUACCUGUUUUUGCUGACAAUUCUCACAAAACCGCAGACUGGAUUCCAUAUUGCUUUUAAAAUGUUGGAUGUGGAUGGGAAUGAACAAGUAGAGAAAAAGGAAUUCUUUAAGCUUAAGAACAUAAUUGGGAAGCAAGAUGAAUUGAAAACCGCUUUGGGAGAUGAAGCGAUAUCUCAGGAGCCAGAAUUGGAAGAUUCUGAUAUUAACACCAUGUUGCUGGUCCACUUCUUUGGAAGAGGAGGAAAAGAAAAGCUUCAGUAUUGUGAAUUCCACAGAUUUAUGCAGAAUUUACAAACAGAGGUGCAAGAAAUGGAAUUCAUCCAGUUUUCCAAAGGCCUCACCUGCAUGAGAAAAGAGGAUUUUGUAGAGUGGUUGCUGUAUUUCACUGAUGAGGAAAACAACGAAGUUUACUGGCAAAAUGUAAAAGACAGAAUCCAAGCAGGAGAGAGUAUCAGUAUGGAGGAAUUUAAGACUUUCUGCCAGUUUACAAACCGCUUAGAAGACUUUUCAAUUGCCUUGAAAAUGUUUACUGUAGCCAGUCGUCCUGUUAAACGGGCCGACUUCAAGAGAGCUGUAAAAGUGGUUAUAGGACAGGAGCUCUCGGAAAACGUUUUGGACACCAUCUUCAAGAUCUUUGAUUUAGAUGGAGACAAUUGCCUCAGCCACGCAGAGUUCCUUGGAGUACUGAAGAACAGGAUGCACCGAGGCUUAAGGGUGCCUCAACAGCAAGGAGCCCAAGGUUAUUGGAAAUGUGUGAAGAGAGAGACCAUUAAAGGAGCAAAAGAAGUCUGGAAACAAACUGGGAAAAGUCCUUUUUAAACACAUCCAUAAGAACAUUUUACAACUAUAAAAGUCUGGGUUUGUGUCUUUUGUGUAUUUUUGUUUACAUGCUGGAUAUAUUAGAUUUGGGGCAAUCACUUCAUACAGUUAAAUAUUGAACAUAUUUCUGUUCUCAUUGUAAUGUUACAGUACUGAUCAGUAUAAUCAGGUUUGCUGAUUUCCAGCUUUUAUAACAAGUGUUCGAAUUCCAGGUAGCACUGAAGUUGUCAGAAAUAGAUACUAUUAAAAUUCCUGUGUUGGUCAAUCUGCCUGGAAUUUAGUAGAAAUUUCUAGUUUCUGUAUGUUCCAUAAAGAAGGCAAGUCUCAUUAACAGCACUGGAACACACCCUCCUUCCUUAAGGGCUAAUACUGCCUUCCCCAACCUGGUACCCUCUAGAUGUGUUGGACUACAACUCCCAGCAUCCCCCAGCCAGCUGAAAGUUGCAGUCCAACAUCUGGUGGGUGCUAGGUUGGGGUAGGGCUAAAGAAAUAAAAACGAUAAAACCUACAAUUCCAUAUUGAUUUUUUGUCAGGCCAAAAUUAUUUUAAAACUAUAACCUUCAAUUCAUUGAUUAGUUGUCCCUAUGAUUUCACUAGCACUGGUGAAUUUAGGAUUGCAACUUUUAAACACCCCAUGCAGAUUGUGAAUAAAACGUUAGUGCUCAAAAGCUACUUCAAGAACACUUUAUGGGUAUUAGAAAUCUCUCUUGCCUAGGAAAGCAUCUUUUGAUAAUUAUAUUAUUUGUUUAUUCCUGUACUUUCUACAAAUGUUUAUUCAUCCUGUUAGCAGUAAGGUUUGCAUCUCUCACUCCAAGCUGGAAAUACAAAAAUGUUUACAUAAACUGGAAGAUUGUAAAUUGUGUGAAUGUGUACAGAUUAGCUCAGCAAUUAAAAAAAUUAAAGGAAUUCUCUUUUGGCAAUUUGAAUGAAA